CUUGUCACUCUCUUGUUCAAACUACAAUCCAAAUUUAAUAAAAGAGAGAGACGAAAAAAAAGUGCCCAAAACAAACAGAAACUUAACCACCACAUUUACUUGUUGCUCUCUUCAACUCCUUAUCUACUUCUAUCACCACCUCACAUGAGAGCAAUUGAGGAUCACAUGGCAAAGCAUUUAGCCAUGGAUUGGUUCUCUUGGCUAUCCAAGAGUAGCCUUGAGCCCUCGCUCAUAUACGAGUAUGGCCUUGCUUUUGCUCGCAAUGAGCUCCAAUAUGAGGAUAUAAGCUACUUCAACCAUGAGUUUCUUCAGAGCAUGGGCAUUUCUGUGGCUAAACACAGGCUAGAGAUUCUCAAGCUUGCUAGGAAGGAAAACAUUGGUGGCACAGGUACAUUUUCUGGGCUCUUCUUGGCAAUCAACAAGACCAAGAGGUGCUUGAACAAGUGCAUUAACAAGUUGGUUUUUCGUGAGGAUGUUGCUUUCAAAGCCACUCCUCAUGAGCUGGUACAUUAUCCAGAGCAAUAUUGGAAAGGUGGAUUCUUGAGGAGGCAAAAGAGUGAAGAGAUCAAGGAAGAGAGGCCAGUGCUAAAAAAGAGGAGCAUGACUCUAUCAGGACCUCUGGAUAGGGUGCAAGAGAGGAUGAUAACUAAUACCAGAAGCUUGAAAUUAUCUGGGCCUCUUGAUGGAAAGGUGCAAGAGAAAUUGAUGUACAAUUCAAAGAGCCCAAGAUUGUCUGGGCCUAUGGAUAGAAGGGUGCAAGAGAAAAUGAUGUUCACAGCUAGGAGCACAAAAUUACCAGGACCCAUUGAUGGAUGGGUGCCUGAGAGGUUGACAGUCACAACAACUAAGAACCCAAAGCUAUCUGGGCCUUUGGAUGGAAGAGUACAAGACAGGUAUGUGGUCACAAGUAGGAGUCCAAAGUCAUCACCAUUGGAUGGAAGAGUUGCAAGUCCAAUGGCUAACAUUCAAUUUAACCAGGAAAAGUUGGAUGUUGAGUAUGAUGAUCAUUCACUAUGGGCUACAAUGUUUCAUGAUAUGAAACCCACUUGAGUUUUUGUGCUUUUUCUUGGGGUAUGUUUCUGGCUACUUUCUCUUCUAUUCUCUCUCCCCAUUUCUUCCUCUUGAAAUUGUGAGAGAUGGUUCCUAAUGGUUCUUCACCUUAUGGACAAAAUUUGUAUGGCUUUUGAGGUUUGUUUACCCUUUAUACUAUAUGUUCGGAGUGCACUAAUAUAUAUUGGCUUUUUUAGUAUAGAAGAAGACAAUUGGUUUGAGCAUUGUUAUUGGUUUAUUCCAUCUUGAAUUUGUAGUUUGUAAAUUGUAUCAUUACUCCAGAUUGUUACUCUCAUGCUUUGAUAGAGAAAGAAAGCCCUGGUUAUAUUUGUUCCUUAAGUUUGACC